UAGUUUUUCCCCAAUCAUCAGUAUUUGGAUUAUUCUCAUUGUUCUCUAACCUUAAACCCCACACAGGCUCCCUCAAUUGUCCUCUUGUGUCUGUUGAUGUUGGCCAAGAACAACAUGAAGAAGUCCUCUACUACUUUUCAGGAUAAAAGAGAGAGAUGCGUCAAGAACAUACCUUUGAUUCUCUCCUCUCUCUUCAUUGCUUCAAUUCUCUGUUUGUUCUUUCUCAUUUCCCCAAAACCUUUGACCCUUCUUCCCAAUCAAGGCCCUGAUAUCUUUGAUGAUGAUCACCCCCAACAUAAUAAGCAAGAAAAUCUUUCUCAAACAACUAAAGUUUCCUCAUCAUCAUCCAAUUCCAAACCACAAAAAGAAGAAAAUAAAUGUGACCUAUUUAAGGGUCAUUGGGUUCCAUCAUUAGAGGGAGAAUCAUCGUAUUACACAAAUUCAAGUUGCACAACAAUCCCUGAUAGCAAGAACUGUUUCAGACAUGGGAGAAUGGACACUGAUUUCCUUAAAUGGAAAUGGAAGCCUCAUGAAUGUGAGCUCCCAAGGUUCAAUCCAACAUCAUUCCUCAACAUUGUUGGCGGCAAGAAAAUGGCAUUCAUUGGUGACUCUGUUGCUAGGAACCACAUGGAAUCCCUCUUAUGCCUUUUGUCACAGGAGGAUACUCCAAAGGAUAUGUACAAGGACCCAGAUGACAAGUAUAGACAAUGGUACUUCCCUAAGCAUGAUUUCACCCUAAUGAUGAUUUGGAGCAGAUUCCUCAUUGUAGGAGAAGAAAGAAUUGUGAAUGGCACAGGUUCCAGCAUUUUUGACCUUCACUUAGACAAAGUAGAUGAAGAUUGGGCCAAUAUAUUCCCUGAAUUAGACUAUGCAAUCAUCUCAGAUGGACAUUGGUUUUUCAGAGUAAUGUACCUUCACAAAGGUAACAAACUUAUAGGAUGUGUAUAUUGUAAUGAACAAAAUGUGACAAACUACAACAUAGACUUGCCAAUUAGGAUGGCAUUUAGAACAACAUUCAUGCACAUAAAUGGAUCCAAGAACAAAAAAAGAGGGUUGUUAACAGUGUUGAGGACAUUUGCACCAGCACACUUUGAGAAUGGUGUGUGGAACAAUGGAGGGUAUUGCAAUAGGACUAGUCCUUUGAGUGAGGCUGAGGCUGAUUUUGGGAGCUUUGAUUGGCAAUUGAGGAGUAUUCAGUUGGAAGAGUUUGAGAGGGCAAAAAGGGAAAAAGGUGAAAAAAGAUUAUUUGAGAUUUUGGAUGUGACAAGGGCAAUGUUGAUGAGGCCAGAUGGGCACCCUGGAGAUCAUUGGGGUAACAAGUGGAUGAAAGGUUAUAAUGAUUGCACUCAUUGGUGUUUGCCUGGUCCUGUUGAUUUGUGGAGUGAGUUCUUGCUUGCUCUUCUUAUAAGAUCACAACUUGGGAUUUUGACUUCUUGAAACAUGAGCCUCAUACACAUAUAUAACUGCAUUUUUAUAUAUAGUUUUAGGAAAUAGGAAUGGUAUAACCCAUAUAAACUACAUUCAUUUUGUAUUUAACUACAUCCAAAUAAAAUCACAAAUGUAAU